ACUAUAUAAGCUGCAGGGAGGACGAAGCAGCAAACGUCUCCAAGACUGCAAGACAACUCAACCGUAAGCUGACGCGCCGGCAUCCACUAACCAGCCAGGAUCAUCAAGAUGAACCUCCAAAUGAUUGUCUACCUAUUCAGUGCAUGUGUACUGAUCAGUGCUGUGGCUGGACAAUGCCCGGCUCCUGAUGACAAUGCUUUAAAUUUGGAGCCCAACACCACCCUAGGUGUCAUACGGUCAUACGCUUCUCUCAGACGACGUAUAUCAGCGUCUGCAACAGAUCGACAGAGCCAGAUGUUUCUCAGUGGUCUCGAGGACAGCAAAUGCGCGGAGCCCAGGACAGUCUCUGAAGACAAUCCCGACAUCAUAUCAAGGUCGCAUUCCAAGCCGCUGUUUGAGGUCAGUCUCGCCGCCAGUGCAUGUGAGCCAUGUCCACCAAAGGUUAAUUUCCUCGGCCGCUUCUACGGCAGCUGCUACGUCAUCAAACCCAGCGAGCAGCAAGUCAGAUACGUCUCCUGCGGCAAAACAUGCAAGCAGCCGUGCAUGUGUUCCCGGAGCUAUUGCCAGAGAACUCACUACACCAAGGUCUGGUUCCUAUCUUACUGUACAAGAAGGAUCGGCGGUUUCCAGAGCGGUUUGAACUUCCGUUUCCUGUGGCUCCCACAAGACUGUGCGUGCAGAAACUAUUAACUCAAUGGUUGACCUCGGCCUCAAGAGUUAUUGGUUCAAUGGCAUUUCUCCGUAACAGCAAUCUGACUUAAUGUUACAGAACUCCUAUUUGUUUAUAAAACAUUUUCCGUGAGUGUGAAAAUAUGUCAUGAUCAACUUAUUGGUGUAUAUAUCUGACUAUAGAAAAGCACAUUUCCUAUAUAUGCAUCUUGAUGCAUCUGUUCCACAGUAUAUCAUUUCGAGCAGGCAUUUUUACAUGGUUUACAAAUUACGCCAUUCCAAAAUGUUGAGAAGUUUUGGAAAUCUAAUAGUUUUCUUUCCUUCGAUGUUGGAAUUUCGGCCAUAAAAAAUCACACACAUCAAAUUUGGCCAAUAACAGAAUUAAAGACAGAAAAAACCGUUUUUAUUUGUUGUUUUCAUUGAUAUUGUUACAAGUGUUGGUGUGAUGUUACAAUCAUAUUAUUAUUUUGUAAAAUGUAGUCAGUUCAGUUUGGUGUGUCAUAAAAGAGAAAA